AUGGACGACACACGCCAAAGCAAGUUGACUGGCAUUCCGCGACUGUCAAAACUGCCCGUGCAGUCCUCUAAACUUCCCGUCCCUCGAUCCCACUCGCUGCGACCCCCGCCAUCAGGGGAGUCCCUGACAACGCCAAACGCGAGCCUGAGCUUGCCUGGGAUCGGGAACGCGACAGCGACUGGGAACCUGCGAAACCCGAAGCUCCGGCCGGCUGCUUCGCGCGACCAAUUGGCUCCCUCAACCCGCCCUCAACCACCCGUGGCACAAUCGCGCGUCGUCUCGUCCCCGCAAACCCGCCAGUCCCAGACCCAGACUCUGGGCAGCGCGCAGCGAACAUCCCAAUAUAGCCCGAAUGUUCCUCAGCCGCAGCGGCCGGGACGGGCACCGGGGCCGCCGCUCAGUCAAUCCGUCCGACCGACUUCGGUAGCACGUACCGUGCCCCGGCGCCGGCCCUCCCAGCAAUGGAUAUCUGCCUCGACAGUCCCGCCGCCUGACGGCACAGAGGAGGCCGCGCUUGAGGGGCCAGAGAUUGUCCAAGCUGCUGAGCCGUCUCCCACAGCAAAUGACUCAGAAGUUGGGUAUGGGUCCCUGCGUCCGUCUUCGUUCAAACCGCGACUUUCUCUUGCCGAGAGAACGAUUGAAACCUUAUCUCAGUUACCCUCGUCUCCCUCUGUGAGGGGCAAGUCUGGGGCUGCAUCAUUCUACGAUCCAGAUGCCGGGAGAAACAAGUCUCCAUCGAGACCCGGAAGCCGCGCUUCACGGCCUGGAUCGAGCCACUUAUCAGACGGAUCAGCCCGAGCGCCUUCGAGAUCCGGCAGUCGGCCUGGCUCCAGCUCCGGUCAAGAGGAAAGUGUCUCGAACUUCAGGUCGACCAUCAGCGCGUACAAAAACACGCUCGCUACCAUAGAAGGCACCCCGCUCCGAGGCCGCAGGAGCAUUCAGUCGUUCCAGGCUCCGUUGGCGAAGACGACGCCCGCAAGAACGGUUCGGUCCUCCGCCUAUGGAAUGCCAUCCCCAGGAGCGGCCACCGCCCCACGCUCGAGAACUCCCAGUCCGGGAAAACGAGGACCAACUGCCCCUGUCUCCAAAUUUGGGUCUAGGACUGUGGCCGCACGGCCGCCGACCAAGAGGCCGUCGAUUAACGGGCUCUUCAAAAAGCCGUCUACACAAGCCUUGAACAAGACCGCUGCCCCUGUUGAAACGCCGAGAAAGGCAUCUUCAGCCUCGCAGAGAUCAUCAGCUACGUCAUGCGAGGGCACAAACCCCUCGAGCAUGUCCAUCACCUCCACGAGUACUGCAAUCACCACAGACUCUGCCGAACCCGCACCCGGCCAGGCAUACCGGAAGACGUCCGCAGCCUUGCGGGAGCAGAUCGCCAAGGCCAAGGCUGCUAGGCGAGUUGUAUCGCAACAUGUCCCCACCUCUGAGACCGUCCAUGAGGUGGAGCCGUCCCCUUUAAUACCAACCGACACCACAUUCGACUUUGGGCUAUCUAGCGACCCCUUCAACCAGCGCAGGGACGAUCAGUCCCAGUUGAAGAUACUGCAAGGCCGACUGGAGUCUGCUCGGACGAGCGGCCGAUUAAAUAUUGCCGCCAUGGGCUUGAGAGAAAUCCCGGCAGAGGUUACAAACAUGUACAACCUCGAGUCGAUUGGCCAGCCUGGCGCAUCCUGGGCUGAGAGCGUGGACUUGACAAGAUUCGUCGCUGCGGACAACGAGCUGGAGAUGAUCAACGACUCCUUGUUCCCCGACGUCGACUUGCAGGAUUUUGCCGACGACGAGGAUAGCCAAGGAAACAUCUUUGCAGGACUCGAAACUCUUGACUUGCACGGGAACAUGCUUAUUGUACUGCCAAUGGGAUUACGGCGCCUGCCGCUGUUGACGUCUCUCAAUCUGUCUCAAAACCGGCUCGCGAACAACUGCCUCGAGGUGAUCUCCCAAAUCACGUCUCUCAGAGAUUUGAAGCUCGGUGGCAACCUACUGUACGGGCCUCUGGACCCGAUCUUCUCGCGUCUGGCAAACCUCGAGAUCCUAGACUUGCACAGCAACAACAUUGCGUCUUUGCCCUCGAACUUUGGCAAUCUUUCUCGCCUCCGGGUUCUCAACAUCAGCGAGAACGCUUUUGAGACUUUGCCAUUCGAGACUUUUGCGAUUUUACCCCUGACCGAGCUCAGUGCACGCAAGAACCAACUCCGCGGAACCCUGAUUCAGGAGUCUGUGACAUCCCUUCCGACUCUCCGAGUCUUGGACGUCUCAGCAAACCAGCUGUCGCAUCUCAGCUCGCCAACAGCCACACCAGUUGCGAUGCCCGCCUUGCACCAGCUUACUGUCUCAGUCAAUCGUCUCCAGUCAUUGCCCGAUAUCAGCGGCUGGACCAGUCUUGCCACUAUUGCGGCCGACGAGAAUAGCAUCAAUGCCAUCCCCGAGGGUUUCACCGGCCUUGCGCAGCUGAAAUCAGUCGACUUGUCUAGUAACGAUGUUCGCACCGUCCCUGCCGAAAUCGGACGCAUGGAGAGCUUAACUAUGCUCCGACUCAGCGGCAACCCGCUGCGCGAGAAGAAAUUCAGCUCUAUUAGCACCGACGAGAUGAAGGAGAUACUCUUCCAGAGACUGGAGCCGCCUCCAACAAUCCCCGAGCCUGUGGUUGAGCCGGUGGUGGCUGACGCGGGCGCUCGAGAUGACUUCCCCAACUUAUCCACGAACGACAGCAAUGCAAACGAAGACAUGGAUGACAAUCACUCGGAUAUGGACGAUUUUGCGACGCCGCCGACAUCUGCACCGGGGUCUCCGGCCCGUUCUCGUUCACACACGCUUAGCGGACAGACGUGGCCAAUUAAGUCCGGGGGCGUGCUCGAUCGGUCGAAUACCGAAUCAUCGUCACUGCAUCCGGUCAUCUCGUCAAAGGUUGCUGCGAGCAAUAGGAUCUUUGAGGUUCAGCUUCAUCACAACCUCUUUACGGCACUGCCUGACUCUCUCACAUUUUUUGCCGGGACCCUGACUGCGUUGUCACUAUCGCAUAACCAGCUUGUCGGGGAAACAUAUAUGGGCGGUGCUAGCGGGAACGAGGGGCUGGAUCUUCCGGCUCUGAAGGAGCUUAACUUGGCUUACAACCACAUAACUGGGCUGGGUCCUCUGGUUGCUCAUCUCCGAGCUCCGAAGCUCGAGAAGCUAGAUGUCAGCAUCAACCGAAUUGCCACUCUGCCCCCCGGCACGCAGCUGCGCAAUGCCUUUCCCAACCUGACAGUCCUGCUCAUGGCUAAUAACCAUCUGGCGGACUUGGAUCCGGUGUCGAUCAAGGGCAUGCGGAUUGUGGAUGUUGGUAAUAAUGACAUUGCGCACCUCAAUCCUCGCCUCGGUCUGCUUGGCGGCAGCGGCGGGCUCGAGAAACUGGAGGUCAGCGGCAAUCGCUUCCGCGUCCCCCGAUUCAACGUGCUUGAGCGCGGAACCGAAGCAACUCUUCGCUGGCUUAGGGGUCGUGUUCCGGUUGCUGAAAUGGGUGCGUGGAAGGGCGACGACGGCGACGGGCAGGAGACCAGCCUGGCCGAUCUGGACUGA